UUCGAAAUGUCUAAAAAGUAAAAUAGCAUUCAAGCCAAGACUUUAACAAUCUCAUCCGAAUUCUUGAUUAUUUAGCUAUCAGUAUCAAAGAUGAUGGAAAUUCUGCCCCUAUCAGCAGCAGACAAAGGAUCUGCAAGACUUCGCCAGGCUUUGAAUAAGGAGUUGUUCAUAUCGCGGUGCAAAAAUCGCCUAAAAGGGAAAAAGAAACUCCAAAAAUACCUUCCAGAGCGAUCUAGUUUCCUAUACGAAUAUUUGGGUACCGGAGGAAAUUUGCAUCUAAAAACCAACAUUUACAAAGACUUCUUAGGAGAGACGGCACGCAGGGAUGAUAUCAAAAACAAAACAAUCAGUUCUAUGAUACCGGAUGAAGUGUUGUGCAGCGCUGAAGAUUACCAACCGCGAAAGUUUAUGACGGCGAUGAUGUUUGCAGAUGUUUCCGGUUUCACAGAUCUUUCGGAAAAAUUCAACCAACCGGGAAAGGGUGGAGCUUCUAAGCUAUCCCAAGUGCUGAACUCAUACAUCGGAGCGAUGGUCCAGGAAAUCCUUUCGCAUGGCGGUGACAUACUGAAGUUCUCCGGUGACGCCCUUUUAGUGCUCUUUAAGGUUACCUCGUCGGUUUCGUUGCCCGAUGCCACCCAUAGAGCUAUCGAUACGGCUAUCAUCAUUCAAAAGUCUUUCGGUGCCUAUGAAACGGAAGUCGGGGUUACACUGCGCGUGAAAAUUGCCAUCUCGGCUGGGGAGGUUCACUUUUCGCUAAUUGGAACAGAGGAUUUUUCCCAUUACAUAGUGAUUGGACAGCCGGUUUGGAAGGUGAAAAUUGCUGAAAAAAUCGCUGAAGCGGGUGAUAUUAUUGUGAACCAUUUGGCCUGGAAUUACAUUCACGACAACGAAUACAUUUCGGAGCAGUGCGAUGACAGGGUACACUUCCGGAUUAAAGGUUUUACGAGUUAUUGGCGGACUACUCAACGCUUGAAUAUUUUUGACGUUCUUCAGAAAGAAAACGAAGAUGAACGUUCGGAAGUUAUGAUUGCCGAUGACGAAAUGAAACUGGAUACGGAAACACUGGAAAUUCGACCAAGUUUAAAGCAUGUGGGAACACGUGUGAUCUCCUCAUCAUUGCGAAGAUUUUUGAUAAAGCCCAUUCUCUUCGCCAUUGACAAUGAGGAACCAAUGGAGUUUUUGACAGAAAUGCGACAGAUAGUAACUGUAUUCUUAAACAUUGUUUUGAGACCGAAAGAAGUGUCCGCGGUAAUUAGUGAGAUUAAUUCUAUUUUGAUAUCGUUAACCAAUCUUGUAAACAGCUACGAAGGUACGGUCAACAAAGUGUCCCUGUUCGACAAGGACGUGAUGUUUUUGAUAAUUUUCGGUUUACGUGGUUUCAAACACGAAUUGGAUAGCCAAUUGGCGUUGCGGUGUGCCGCUGAAAUCCGUGAACUGUACAAGGUGGAUCCCAAAGUUCUGACGGUGUCUAUAGGUGUUACUACUGGUAUCACUUAUUGUGGAGUUGUUGGACACUUUGUGCGCAGGGAAUAUUCUGUUAUUAGUGUUACCGUUAACAAAGCAGCUCGCUUGAUGAUGGCCUAUCCGAAUAAGGUGACAUGCGAUAAGGACACCUUCAUGAUGAGCAAGCUGGAUCCAAUGCACUUCGUUCUCCAAGAAACCAUUGAGCUGAAAGGGUUGCAAAAUGUUGGGCCUAUAUACGAGUUUAAAGAAGUGAUACCGUUAGUAGUAGUAAUAAUUUUUUUAAUUUUCUAUCAAAAUUGUUUUUAUAGCGAACGAGAAAUGGUGAAACCAAUUGAAUAUGAAUAUCCUAUAGUUGGCAGAACGGAAAUAAUAGAAGUUUUUCAAGAAAUGCUCGAAGAUGGAAUGUUUCUAACGCAAUAUUUAGGCACGAAUGAUUCGGACAAGAUUCAAGAGUACACCUAUCAAAGUUGUCUCUUAAUUAGAGGCGAAGCACAAAUGGGUAAAACACGACUUUUGAACGAAAUAUUCCACAUUGCCUUGCGAAACAAAAAAAUCAGUUCGCUCAGAUUGACGCUCUCAAUGAAGGACUGCAAGAAACCUUUUUCCGCUGCAUGCCUAUACCUUUCGAGGCCACUGGGUUUCACCGAGACCAUAACCAGUAUCACGCGUGAAAAUCGAAUUAAACAAUAUUUAAAUGAAUACGAGUUAGAUCAGUACCUUGCGCUGCUGAACGAGAUUCUUGACACCGAAUUUUUGGAAACAGACAUUCUGCGGAUGAUGAAUCGAAACGAACACGCUACCAUGCGACGGAGGUUGUUCGAAUUGUUAUGCCACAAAGCGUUUCAGAAUCUGUGGGUUCUAAUAAUCGAUGAUGUCGAGUUUAUGGACGACGAAUCGUUCGAGCUGUUUGAGAUCCUUUGGAAAAUGCCCCAGGUGAUUACGGUGCUAGCUCUGGGCUACCAGCGACGGCUACCGUCGCAGUACAUGAAGCUCUUCGACAAUCCUCACGUAUGUCAAUUGAAGCUGACCCCGAUCGAUACGCUGCUGCACAAAGCGAUCGCGUGUCAAUUUUUAAAUGUGAACGCUAUUCCACUGGACUUGGAGCGUGCAAUCCACACCAUGAGCAGCGGGAAUCCUGGCUGGAUGAACACCUUCAUGAUGUCACUAAGGCAGAGCGGAUUGCUGCGUAUCAUCCGUAUGGGUUCUUUCGAGGCCCACGCUAAAGGAUAUGUGUUUUGUGAGUCAUCGCUUCUAGUUCGAAGCAGUUUCCGGUCCACAUUGUCCUUUCGGAAGAGCAGCGUCGAUUGGGAGUUAUUUGAAUCGUGCUGCGAAGAUGAUCAGCUGUUUUCUUACACCUUAAACAACCUGUCGAACAAAUUAGUGGAUGUGGCCAGUCUAGGAGCCAGCAUCGAUACUCAAAGCUAUUUCACUUCUUCCUGUCUGGAUGCAUUUCAUCUGAUGCUGUACGAUUCACUGUCUUCAUACGAGCAGUAUGUAUGCAAAUGCGCUGCUGUUUUGGGCCAAAAGUUUCUUCGUGUGGCUCUUAUUUUCGUCAUUGCACAGUACAAGGAACGGGAUGUGGCUAUUGCUAUUCAAAAACUUUUCGACCUUCAAAUUUUGUCCUGUGCGAUCGGUGACUUUAGUUCAGGACUCAGCUUAAAUCAAAAGAACGUCAACACCGAACAUCUAGAAAGAGGAACUUGUAGCUGCAUAAACUUAACCAUUUCUCUAGCAUGCUGGGAGUUACCUCGUUACGCUGCGUGUGGAUACUCAAAAUUUAAUUCUAAUCUAUUCCGCCAGACUGUCUACAAUUUGCUCACCGAGGAGCAGAAGACCGAGUUUCAUAGCCGAGCGCUAACAUUCAUAGAACGUGAGACUAAGAAAUGUGACGCAUGUGGAGGCGUAUCCUUCCGUAACUUGAUAACCAGCGAUGACGACUUCGAAGUUAUAAUGGGAUUUAGAACACGACGCGAGUCUGACCUAUCAUAUCAAAAUCUUGUACGCAAAAAUGGAACAAGCAGAUUCUCAAUACAGUCGGAUAAGCGGAGCACAAAAAUGCGUGAUCUGUUCUGGUGGAGAAAAUCGAAUGAUCCACGAGAGAAAAUACCCAUCUUAAGCUAUAAAGAAUACGAUUUCAGUAAAUGCCGUUGCCAUAUGAUUUUGUAUACGAUGUACAAUGAAAUAGUAUUCCAUAGCCACGGAGCUGGUAUGGUGGAGAAGCAUAUCGAGGCACAAAUUGAGUUAGCGAACAUUUGCAUCAAGAUUGCCAAUAUUCCCAAAGCGAUUCAGAUGUUGGAAAGCGUGCAAAAUCAAAUGAAGGAAAUCGACCGAUCGGAUAAUAUUGGGUUGGUAACGUAUUUGAAAGGACGACUGUUCACGUUGCUGGCAAUUUGUCGCUUCAAACUGGAACAGUACGGCCUGGCAACAGAGUUCUUCUAUAUGGCGUCCGAAGUCAUGGGAUUACAGUUCCCCAAAUCGAACAACACUGCCGCUAUUCAGUUUGCGUUAGUAUAUCGUAAGGUGAAGAAAUUGGUCGCCAAGAAACAGUUGCGCACCUUCGAUAAACCCAAAUCAAUAUGGUACAUACUGAUAGCAUCGCAAUUAUCGGCAUGUUUUGGAGGGAUGCUGCAUCUUUUUCGCAAGCUAACCAAAUGGAAACUGGCGGAGCUAGCAGCCGUUUCGAGUUUGAAGCACGCUUUGAAAUACCGUCGUAAUCCGUCUAUUUUAGUAGAGGCUUUUGCCGGAUUUUUUCAGAUAGCGUUCCAUACGGGACUCUCGGAUGGGAUCGUCUGGAUGCAGGAGAAAUCUUUGAACAUAAUUGCUGAUAACGUCAACUAUGUUGACAUGGAUUAUUUGAAAUCUGUAGUGCGAUAUUACACUGCUCUUCUGAUGUGCCAAACAAUACGGUCUACUAAACAACUUUCAAUCGAACUGGGCAAAGUCGUACUUAAUAUUACGGACACACUGCAGUAUAGAACCGGUGACUGGGAUAUCAUCCCGAUCCUCGCCGAGUUAUUGAUAUCGCAUCGAAAAAUCUCAGAAGCGGUAAACAUGUUGUGGAGCUUCCAGAGUCGCUACACAGAGAGCUCCGCUCGGGCCUGGUAUUAUGCGAUCGCGAUGGAUAUUCUGCUGGAUACAAGUUGCUGCAUCGAAACGUACAAGAGCUGUGUAAGCUUUUUCCUUAAAAAUCGUGAAGCACUAGGAUAUCAGCCCGAUGCGUGUUGCGUUACCAGACUAUAUGCAGAUCUAUGGCUCUGGUGUGUUCGAUACGAAGCUUGGGAAGCGGCCGACGCCUGGAUGGAUAAGUUUCGAGAAGUGUUUGUACUUACUGCACACGAUUCUUUGAUCAACGUUCAUACAGCGAUUCGCGUUUUGGAAGGAUUUAUUUUGACUCUCGUCUCCAAGGUUGAAACAAGAGAUAUCUUAGCGAUAGUACGUCUCCAAGAGGAUAUUGAAAAACUGAUUGAAAGCAUUGGCGAUGCUUUGGUCAUUAGUCGCUGUCAUGAGGCGAAAUACAAACUACUCAAAAUUUACUACCACCAAGUAAUAGAACCUAGAAGCGAUGUUUUACGUAAAUUAACCAGUCUUCGAAAGUUGGCAUUCGCACGCAAUGACCACCUUUGCGCUGAAAAAAUUCUCCAUACAAUUCAGUAUUGGAGCUGUGGAUUGUCUCCGAAGAUUGAAACAUUUUGGCUGGACCACUGUUCGGUUGAUAGCGUGCCCUCUGCAUUGGAGCAGGAGACUACCGAUGGACCGAUCUCGGUUGAGUGUCGCUACAACUACAUCAAUUGCAUUCUUAAUUACGAACGAAUUUAUCCGUACUCUUUGCCUCUUCCGAGAGCAAGAUAUUUUUAAAAUAUGUAUAUGCAAGCUGCUUUUUUGUUCGAACUAGUUUGGUGAAUUGUUGCCAUAUUUAUUUUUAAUAAAUUAAUAUGAGUUGUAUACGUUUUGGCUAUGGUGUAAUAAUCUUUAAAAAGACCAACGUUGGGUAGUGCUAUCGUAAGAGCUUCACAAUACAACACUGAUAGAACGGACACAUAAACGGAACCAGACAAAAACACUAAUUUU